AUGAUACAGAACUUUGCUUCGAAUCCAGAAAAAACCCCAGAUGCAUCGAAUGGCUCUGAUAGUGUGCGACCAGAAAAGCGCACAAGCGACUCUUUUAAAGUAGGGGAUGAGUCAAAGCCGUUCCAUAUGGCAGAAAAGUCAGACAAAGAGAAGUAUAUUCAGAUAAGCAAAGAGUUUGAGGGAAAGUCCGUGCUUGAAAAGCCAAUGGAGUACAUUAUGCGCCUUUUUGUAAGUAGAUGGUUUGAAAUACUAGUAGACAUUUCUAUUUUUUGUUUUGUUCUUAUACCAGAAAAUUAUGAAUUCUUUCACAUACUGUAUGAAAGGUAUUUAUAUAAUAAAGAAAGGGAAAAGGACUAUAAUGUCCACUCCUGGAAAGAGGUAUUUGAUUUACUCUGCCCAGUUAUUGAAGGAAUUGUCUGCUUCAUACAUACAGUUGUGUUUGUGUGCGAGGCAUUUAUAGGGAUGGAAAUUCCUCAUGGUCUAUUCAUUUCUAUAUGCUCAUCCCACAUAACAUGCAUUCUGAUACUAAUACACGUUGAGCUUAUAGACCGGCAUAAAACAGAAAGCAUCGACAUGAUCAUUACAUACAGCAUAGAGUGCUUGGUUGUUCUACUGUCAAUUGCCAUCAACAUUGCAUACUUACAAACCGGCGAGAAGUACCAGUCACUAAUUCUUAUGUCGAUUAUUUUGACGCAGUAUGUUUGCAGAACACUCACUAGGCUGGUCAUGGCCUCGCACAAUAAGUUUAGAAGAACAUUCAACCAUACUAAAACAAGAAUUUUGCUGUUCUUGGGAUUUUGCGUGCUGUGUAUUCUUUUUGGAUUAAGCCAUAUAUACAUUGCUGAAAUUUCUUAA